AUUAUGAAGAAAAUCAAGUUUCUGAUAAGUUUACUGAUAAUUUUGUUGCCAUAUGUAAAUUCAACAACAUCAGGACCUAAAUGGCCUAAAACUAUCAAGCACUUUGUCCUAGUUCAUGGGGCAGGUCACGGAGCCUGGUCUUGGUACAAGAUUGUGGCACUGAUAAGAUCUUCAGGGCAUAAUGUCACAUCUCUUGACUUAGGUGCUUCAGGGAUCAACAAGAAACAGGUCCUCGAAAUCCCACAUUUAUCUGAUUACUUUAGUCCGCUAAUGGAGUUCAUGGCUUCUCUUCCUGCACAUGAGAAAGUGAUUCUUGUAGGCCAUAGCUAUGGUGGAUUGGCCAUAUCUAAAGCCAUGGAAAGCUUUCCGGAAAAGAUUUCAGUUGCUGUAUUUGUUACUGCUCAUAUGCCUGGUCCAACUCUAAAUGUGACAUCUCUCUUUAACAAGUUAAAUUAUUUCAGUAGAAGGGUAUCUCAACUUGAUAAUCGUGUAACGUACGAUAAUGGACCAACCAAUCCUCCAACAACCUUCAUCUUUGGUACAAAGUACUUGGCAAGAAAAACUUAUCAGCUGAGCCCAAUUCAGGAUUGGGCGCUGGCUACAACAUUAACAAGGCCGUUAUAUAUAUACAGUGAGGAAGACAUGUCAAAGGAGAUGGUACUUUCAAGCAAAAGGAACGGAGCAGUUAAGCGAGUAUUCAUUGUGGCGGUUGAAGAUAAAACUCUACCAAAGGAAUUUCAACGUUGGAUGAUUGAAAAAAAUCCACCUGAUGAAGUGAAAGAGAUCUCAGGCUCUGAUCACAUGACCAUGAUGUCCAAGCCCCAACAACUUUUUACUCUUCUUCUACGUAUUGCUCACAAGUGACAAGCUUAUUGAUCUGUGAUUUCAUGUUCAGUAAUAAAGUAUAUUGAAAUAAAUAUUAAAAAUCGCACUUCAACUUUCCCCUAUAUUUUGAUACUACUAGUUUUUGGCGCACGUGCACCCUAGAAUAUAGAUCAAUUGAGUAUACAGUCUUUCAAUCCCGA